AUGUCGGACCAGUGGCGGACGUGGCUGUACGACAUGGACGACGGGUGGACAGCUCCGGUGACGGAUCCAGAGGCAUCAAGCCGCACUGUCUACCGCUUUCUCAAGAAGCUCAAGCCAAAAGCUCUGGCGGUUCUCUGCGGAGCGCUGAGACGCAAGUCGCACGAUGACAUCCCGGACAUCGACAUCAUUCCAAACGCGGUCAAGCGCAAGAUCUUUAGCCAUGUUGCCCUCUCCCCAAACCCCGAUGCUUCUGCUCGCAAGUCAAGCCGCCACCACAGCUCGACCGCCAAGGCCAAAGGAAAGGGCAAGGGCAAACACUCCAAGUCCAAGUCCAAGUCCAAGUCCAAGUCCAAGGCCAAGGCCAAGAAAGCAUCGCACCGCAGAUCGCGCUCCCGCUCGCGAGCCGGUUCAUCGUCGAGCUCGGGAAGCCUGUUCCGCUCAGGGUCAUCGUCCCCAUCGCUGGUCAUGUCGAGCCGCAAGUCGAGCCGUGGCUUCAAGUCCAAGUCCAAGUCCAAGUCCAAGGGCAAGGCCAAGGCCAAGGCCAAAGGCAAGGGCAAGGGCAAGGGCAAGAGCAAGGACCGUCUCGCGCAUCGGUACGCCAAGGCCAAGAUCAAGUACAUCGACUCGGGCCGGUGGCGGAAGCUGCGCAUGCGUCCCGGAUGGACGUCGCCGCUGUUGGCGCGUGGCCUCUCGCGCCGGCGGGUGGAGAGUAUUCUCCACGGCUACUCGCAGCGGGAGCUGGCGGUUCUCCUAGGCGCCAUCACCCGUCAGGUUGACGACUCGGACGACGUCGACGCCGCCAUCCCAGAGGUCGACGAUCUGCCGUCGACGACAAAAUCCAAGAUCAUGGAUGUGCUGACCGAGUCGGCAGACCGCGGCGCAGACUCCCUUAGCGGUCCGGUGUCGGCAUACUCGUCGUGCGCCUCCGGCUUCUCCUCGAUGCGCUCGUCGCGGCGGAUGACUCGCGAGCCGUCGAUGAUGGCACGGCGCGACUCGCGCGGACGCUACAUUGUCGCAUAG